AUGAGUACCGUUUCUGAGCCUUUGGUUGGGAGCAGUAGGUCCUCAUCUGCUGCCAAAAGACACAAGAGUAUCCGGAAGAACUCCAGGAGGAUUUAUUCAGCCUACCAGGACCAUCAGCAAGGCUCUUCAGAUGAUGAAGGAAAAUGCAAUGAGCGGGUGGACAGCAAUGACCCAGAAGAAAUGUUCCAGAACAUUCAGUACCAAAAGGAGAUUAUUGCCAACAUCCGGAGCAGACCGUGGCCAAUGAGACGCAAGCUCAAAGUCCUAAAACAGGCCAGAGAGAUCGUCCUUAAGUAUGAGGGCCGACUGACGAGAACACGAGGCUAUCAGACUGCUGGAGCUGAUCUGCUUAAGAAGUUUUCCCGUCUGCUUUACAACACUGUUGUUCUUUUCAUUCCCUGGGAAGUGAGGAUCAAGAAGAUUGAAAGUCACUUUGGAUCAGGCGUGGCCUCGUACUUUAUCUUCCUCCGUUGGUUGUUUGGGAUCAACAUUGUCCUCACCAUUAUGACUGGAGCCUUCAUUGUCCUACCAGAGCUGUUGGCCGGAGCUCCAUUUGGAACGACGAGAAGUAAAACUAUCCCCAAGGAACAUCUGGCUUCAGCCCAGGACUUGGACACCAUCUGGUCUCUUGGGGGUUACCUGCAGUACUCUGUGUUAUUCUAUGGUUACUACGGCAGGGUGAGGAAAAUCGGCAGUGCAGGGUACCGGUUGCCUCUUGCAUACUUCCUGGUUGGCAUGGCAGUCUUUGCCUACAGCUUCAUCAUUCUUUUACGAAAAAUGGCAAAAAACUCUCGCCUGAGUCUGGCCAGCGCCUCUGAUGAGAACUUUACCUUCUGUUGGAGAGUUUUUUGUGCAUGGGAUUACUUGAUAGGAAACCCAGAGGCUGCAGAGAGCAAAGGAGCUGCCAUCGUCAACAACAUCCGGGAAGCUAUAGUUGAAGAGCAGCAGAAGAAGAAGGAUACCAGCCUGGCGGUUCUGAUCAGUCUGCGUAUCUUAGCCAACAUCCUGGUGCUGCUGUCCUUAGCCGGCAGCAUCUACAUCAUCUACUUUGUGGUGGACCGUUCCCAGAAACUGGAACAGGAGAAGCCAGAGCUGACGCUGUGGGAGAAAAAUGAGGUAAGUGUGGUAGUGUCUCUCAUCACCAUGAUUGCCCCAUCAGCCUUUGAGCUGGUGGCUCAGCUGGAGAUGUACCACCCCCGAACCUCGCUGCGGUUCCAGCUUGCCAGGGUUCUUGUUUUAUACCUGGGAAAUCUGUACAGCCUGAUCAUCGCUCUACUUGACAAAGUCAACAGUAUGAGCUCAGCUCUCCAAGCUAGUUCAGGUAACUGGACCGACACCAGCUCCGUUUGGGCCACCAUGUCUCAGCCUGAGAUGGACAGCCUGUCCACACUUGUGUCAGAGGUCUCUUUCUCAGGGCAUCAAAACAGCACCAUAGCAACCAUCGCCACAGCGGUGACCUUUAGCACCACCAGCAGGAGCACCUCAGCGACCAUCUACAAUCACACAGCUCUUUUUGAGAAGAACACCCGUUCUCAGCAGGAUCAGUGCUGGGAGACCUACGUUGGACAGGAGAUGCUGAAGCUUUCCAUUAUUGACAUGAUCUUCACAGUGGCCAGCAUCUUGCUCAUUGACUUCAUCCGAGGUCUUGUGGUUCGAUACCUCAGUGACUGUUGCUGUUGGGAUUUAGAGAGCAAAUUUCCUGAAUAUGGAGAGUUCAAAAUAGCCGAGAAUGUCCUUCACCUGAUUUAUAACCAAGGAAUGAUCUGGAUGGGAGCGUUUUUCUCUCCAUGCCUUCCUGCCUUCAAUGUGCUAAAGCUGAUCGGUCUGAUGUAUCUGAGGAGCUGGGCCGUCCUCACCUGCAAUGUUCCCCAUCAGCAGGUGUUCAGAGCUUCAAGAUCAAAUAAUUUCUACCUGGCCAUGCUGCUCUUCAUGCUGUUUCUGUGUAUGCUGCCCACCAUCUUUGCUAUAGUGAAAUACAAACCGUCUCAGCACUGUGGCCCAUUCAGUGGUCAAGAGAAGAUUUAUGACAUCAUCUCAGAGACGGUUUCCAGUGACUUCCCCCUGUGGUUCAGUAAAGCGAUGAGUUACGUUACCAGUCCAGUCGUGGUCCUUCCGGCUCUGCUGCUGUUGUUUAUGCUGAUUUACUAUCUUCAGGCCAUCGCCAGAUCCCUGAAAUUCACCAACAGCCAGCUGAGGAUGCAGCUGCAGACGGAGCGGACCGAUGACAAGAAAAAGGUUUUCCAGCUGGCUGCAGCCAGGCUUCAGGCUCCAGAGUCUGCAGCAGACAAAACGUCAGAUCAGCAGGAGAGCGAUGCCACCAGUCAGGACGUCUCCAUCCACACUCCAUCUCCCAGACGGAAUGGCAGUGUCCCUAACUUCCAGUCCCCUGUUCAUCGAAAUAACAGCAUCCGUACCAUCACCCAGUCAGCCUCUCGGACAAACCUGAACCAAGUUAGCAUGCGUGGAUCUGUCCGAACUCCAGCAGUGACCUUACUGCCGAAACGACGACCAGAACACCGACUGGAGCACCAGCUGGAACACCGACCGGAGCACGUACCCAACAGACCCCAACCAUUAACUGGUGGUACCUAAAGGUCCAAAUCCUACUACCACAUGGUAUAAAAAAAAUCUUAAAGUGCUGACCAUAUCUACUCUGACUCCCCAUACAGGAAGAUGGUACGCUCCCUACAUCCUGUGGAGGCUGCAGGAAUCAUCACCGCACACAAUUAUAAUGGACGCCGGGGUCACACCACCCGCUAUGUCAUUGUCAAUGAGCACGAGCCCCGGAAAAAACUGCUGCGCUCUGCUACACGGAUCCCACAUCACUACCUUAUGGAGGAGCCUCCAGAGAUCCUGGAGCUGUACCCACGUAACAUCAGACGCUACACAUCCCGCACCACCCAUCACCUGCCACAUCCUCACCGAUCAUCGCAGCAUCUCACCGGAGAUGAUGAGGAGGAGCAGGGAAGAGGCCAGAGAGGCAUGUCACUGGGAAAAACCAGCAGACCCUAUUCCUUGUCUGACCUCCACCAGCAUGCUCAUUUCUACAUCGGUGACCGCGGAGAAAGACACAAAGACAGGUGUGAAGGAACACGUGGGACACAAGAAGAUGAAGAGGAGGGUGACAAGGGAGACUGGCCAGAUUUAGACUUUCAGUCUCCAUCCCGGGCAAGCGUGAGAGCAUCUGACCCUCUUCUGGCCAGAACCAGGUCUCACAUCCAUUCCCCAGGAAGGCUUCACCAGUCCCAGACCAGAUCCAGGCACACAGAGGUGCAUGUGAAGCACAAGCUGAAGCCGAAGCUGGAGACCCCUCUGACCGAGUCUGACUCUGCGUCUGUGGCAUCUAGCAGCGACCAGCAGAAUAGCAGUACUGACCAGUACAUUCAGGUCAUCCACAGCAAGGAGCGCUACCUCAAGUCUGAUGGGAAACCAGAUAAGCUGUCCAAGAAGAAAUCCAAGACCAGCAUUAACCUGAAUCCCACUGAGUCCAUUGAGCUUGUUUGCUCCAAUGUUUGAUUUUUUCAUAAAAAAAAAAUGUUU